GUUAGUCUACCUAGACUUCUCAUUCAUAUUGCUCAGCUAAUGAAUGGAUAGCACAUAUAUCAAGCAGGCCCACUAUAGAAAACAUUUUGACAAGGGACAUUGUGGACACUGCCAGAAGUGAGGACCAACGACCGUGAGUAGGCCUAUAGCCGCUGGACUUCGGUGUACCUGUCCACACCAGCGCCCAUUGAAGAAGCCUUUCUACUAGCCGUCUAUUCUUGCUGGCCACGAAAGGCUGCCCAAGCAGCUGUUUAGACUGACGCAUCUCGGAACUGUUCAGAUGCAACCAAAUGCGAUGUGUGAGCAACUAGAGCUGGACCUGGCUGACGUCGAGAUGGUGGAGGAGUCAGAGGAACAGAAAGAGAGAAACAGGGAGGUAGAGCUUGAGAGACUUUCAAGGCUGCACAGCAAGCAGGAAAUGGACGAAUACAAAGAAGCAUUUUCAAUAUUUGAUCGUGACGGCAGCGGGACCAUUACAGUUACUGAGAUGGGGACAGUUAUGAGAGCAUUGGGCCAACACCCCACCCAAUCGGAUCUCUAUGAAAUGAUCGGAAAGAUAGACAGAAACAGAAACGGGAUGAUAGACUUUCCAGAAUUCAUUAUUCUCAUGGAUCAGAAAAAGACCAGUACAAUCCGUCAUAACCCCGAAUAUCUAAAGACAUGCUUCGAGGUAUUUGAUAAGAACGGGGACGGAUUUAUAACUAGUGAGGAACUCCGGAACAUCAUGACUAAUCUUGGGGAAAAACUCACUAAUGAAGAGGUGGAUGAGAUGAUCAAGGUUGCAGACAUUGAUGAAGAUGGAAAGCUUAACUAUAAGGAAUUCAUUUAUCUGAUGUGCACAGAUUGAAAACCUAAUCAUUGGAACUUUCAUUCAUGAUAACAAGAAAACAGGAGCACACAUUGUAAUUCAAACUCUCUCACGAAAUGUGCACAAGAAGGGCGUCAUAAAAAGACUCUGUAGUUUAUACGAGGACAGGCAUCUUGACCAUGGAUGGUUCGAAACUGCUUAGUCUUUAGACAAUGCUGUCAAGGUAUGUGUGGAAGCUUUGGAGGGAAUACCCCGACAGUGCAGAAUAGAGGAGAAGACAUUAUCAAAGACAGUAUUAGCUGAUUUAUGACUCCAAUACAUGUAUUACUUUGUCACGACUAUAAUACAUUGUCUAGUGAAAUCCAUUUUGAGCAUACAAGAAGUCUUCCGAGCACAAUCAUCAUUAUUUGGGUACACGUCACUGCUUUAUUGGAUUUCAAGUAAUGAAAAUCAAAUAUGCUGCGCCAAAGCUCUACCGAGGCAGAAACAUAUUGCUCGCUGGUUGUUUCUGCUCCAGGGCAUCUCCAAUUUGAAGACUUUGUAUAAAUAGACAAUUAUUUCUGGUGUCUGGAUUGUCAGAAGGCUUUUAAGUCAGCUGCAUUUUCGUGUAAAUAAUGUAGAAAUCUCUACAAUGCCAUAUUCUAGAUUGUCUUGAUUAGCAUAUUGAAGUGAAUGUAAAUCUGAUGUGUUUAACUUAUUCAACCAUCAUAGUCUGUAGAACUGAGGAAUGACCAAGAAACUCUGUAAUUAUAAUAGCUGUUAAUAAAUUACAAAUAUGAAAAAAAUUAUUAUCCACAUUCACCCCCUCUGCCCAAAUGAACACAUACGAGCUACCUCAAAUUUACAACCUCCCUGCACCCUUCAAUGCAUACAAACUAAAUAAACAACCCCUUUUAUAAAUAUCUAUUAU